UUCACGGACCGAGCGCCACAGAGAGAAACAAGCGUGCGAGGCUGCGCUUAUUCCUCCUUAUCGUAGGCUUGAAGGCACGCACUUUGUGUAAGGUGGAAGUAACUUUUAUCCUCCAGAGAAGAGUUAUAAACCGCCCGGGAAAUACAUCUGGUCAGAAGUCUAACGGCAAACGAUAACCAUGUCGGCCUCAUCGGCGAAAGUCAGUAGGAAGGAGAAUUCAAAUCAUGACGGAGCGGACGAGACCUCUGAAAAAGAGCAACAGGAAGCAAUCGAACACAUUGAUGAAGUACAGAAUGAAAUUGACAGACUCAAUGAACAGGCCAGUGAAGAAAUUUUAAAAGUAGAGCAAAAGUACAACAAACUACGCCAGCCAUUCUUCCAGAAGCGAUCAGAACUCAUAGCCAAAAUCCCCAACUUCUGGGUCACAACAUUUGUCAACCAUCCACAAGUUUCAGCUCUUCUGGGGGAGGAGGACGAGGAAGCACUUCAUUACUUGUCAAGGGUGGAGGUCACCGAGUUCGAGGAUAUCAAGUCUGGAUAUAGAAUAGAUUUUUAUUUUGAUGAGAAUCCAUACUUUGAGAACAAAGCCCUCUCCAAAGAGUUUAAUGUAAACGAGAGCGGAGAUCCUGUUUCUAAAUCAACUGAAAUCAAAUGGAAAGCUGGAAAGGACCUGACGAAGCGUACAGGCCAGAGUCCAAACAAAGCUGGGAAGAAAAGGCAACAUGAGGAGCCAGAGAGCUUCUUCACCUGGUUCACAGACCAUUCGGAUGCAGGAGCUGAUGAGCUGGGAGAAGUGAUCAAGGAUGACAUCUGGCCUAACCCGCUGCAGUACUACCUGGUCCCUGACAUGGAAGAUGAGGAAGGUGAUGGGGAUGAUGACGAUGAUGAAGAGGAGGGUCUGGAAGAUAUCGACGAGGGGGAGGAAGAGGAGGGUGAAGAUGAGGAUGAGGAUGGAGAUGGAGAAGAUGGAGAGGAUGAUGGUGAGGAUGAUUAAAUGUUUCAGCCAACACCUUCUCCCAGUUCUCCCUCUGUGAUCAUCCUCUAACCCUUGGGAGCAAAAUAUUUUGUUUGUUUUUUUGUUUUGGGGGAGGGGGGGUUUGUUUAAAAAAAAAAAAAAAAACUUAAAAAACAAAGAAGAAAAAAAAGAUUCCUGUGUGUCGUCAGCGUGUCCGUCCUCUUCCUCUGCAGCCACGGCCUGUCCAUAAUGCCAUGUCUAUAGAUCGGCUUCAUACACAGCAGGUCUACAUUGGGUGGGGUGGGGUUGGGUGGGGUGGUGUUGUCGCUCUCCUGAAGUCUCACCUGUCAUUGUUUCUCUACAUCUCCCAAAGACAUGCAAAAGAAAAAAAAAAAUUUGUAGCAUUCUGCACGUCAUCCUACGUAGAUUUAAAAAUACGUACAAUAGCAAUUUCUAUGUAAAAUAUGACAGUUUCUGUUGAAGUUGUGAGUUCAAUAAAAAAUAAGCCAUGGUGCAGUGAUAACUUAAUCAUAGCAUCCUUAGCCACUUUUAUAUAUAUAAAUGUACAUUAUAAUAUAUCCAGUGGUGGGGGUACUAAGGCUUAUUAGAAGUUGCAUUUUCCUUUGUGACUUAUUGUUCUAAUGGAACUGAUUGAAAGCACCAGCUUGUUCCUUUCAACCAUUGUAAAUGAUUUGGGGAUUUACAUGUAUCUUGGUAAGACGGUCAUUAAUUGUACACAGUGUAAUGGCUGGGUGUGGUGGGGCAGCAGGGCUUUGACAACAACUCUGGACGUCUGUUAAAGAAUUUGUCAUUAUCUUGUUUUUCAGGCACCCACAACAAAGUUUGAAAUGUACAUUUUUUUAUAAAAACAACCUAAAAAUCUAAUUUUGAGCUUGGCUUAACAUUUUGAGAUGGGAGAGAAAAAGAUUUCUGUAGAGUCCUUUGUUGAGUCUGCAGCUUUUCUCCUGUUCUGCUGGAAACCUGCUCACAUUAAAUUAAGUGUACCAGUUGCUUUGUUACAAUAAAUAAAUGUAUACAUGAUGAUUGGA